UCCAUUUUUAGCGAAAUGCAUCCGACCCGAAUCCGAACUAUUUCAACCCGACCCGAAACACGACAUUCCUAUUCCCUUCUUCUCGCGAGUCCUCGCCGGAGUGGAACUCUGAUCUCCUGCUACUCCGCCGCCGCUGCCACCGCGAUCACAGCCGCCAUGAAUCCCUUGCUAAGGCGUCUAUCAACCUCCCUCUCUUCUCUCCGUCUCUCCUCCUCUUCGACUCCAUCUUCCCUCGCGAUCCCACCACAGCCGCCGCAUCAGCAGCAGUGGACUAGGGGGAUCUGUGUGAAGGUGAUGAACGGAAACCUUGAGCAGGCGCUAGCGGUGAUGCAGCGCAAGAUGACGGCGAGCGGGAUGGAGCGCCUGAUCCGCCGCCAGGUCAGGCACCACCUCAAGAACUCCGAGAAGCGCGUCCUUGCACGCAAGAGGCUUGAGCUGCGCAUCCGAUCCGAAGAUCUCGCUUGCAAGCUUCGCACCAUCCUUCUCAAGAAGAUAAGAGGCCACUGAAGCCAACUUCUAUUAUCAGUUUUGUUUUCUGUCAGGGAAAGGUGGUCUUUCUACUUUAUUAAAAUGUUCAUUUAUUUUGAUGCUGAGCUGGCAUUAAAUUCUGGUUCAACCUCAGUGCUAUUGUAUGAAUAUAAACUUAUAUUGUGAACCAGUUUUAGCAAAUAUUUGAAGCUGUAAACAGAUGCAAGGGGCUGAACCAUCACAUAGCCUAUGAAAAAUUGCUUUCUUUCCUGAAAAUUGUGGAGUUUAUUUUAUUUUUUUUAA